AUGCGUGUGGCAAUUGCUGGUUAUGGCGAUUUGACUCGUUACAUUUGUGAAGAGUUUGUCAAAGCCGGCCAUGAACUCAUUAUCCUAACACGGACUUAUAAGCCUCAACUUGAGGACCAGGGUGGUGUCGCUCAGGCUAUCACGGAUUAUACUCUCUCAUCUCUGAGACGGCCGCUGGCCGAUUGUGAGGUGUUGAUAUCCACAAUUUCAGACUUUUCUCCAGCUUAUACUGUUGUCCACAAGACUCUCAUACUGGCCUGCCAGGAGAGCCCAAAGUGCAAACGCUUCAUUCCAGCCGAGUUUGCAGCAAAUAUCGAGUCUUAUCCGGAUGAGCCUGGCUUCUACUAUACUCCGCACGAGCCAAUCCGUGAGAUGCUACGGAGUCAAUCGGAUGUUGAGUGGACUUUAGUUUGUAUUGGCUGGUUGGCGGAUUAUUUCGUACCACCGAAGAAUCGGCACAUCAAAGACAUUGGUGAAUGCCACCCUGUAAACUGGGCAGAUGGCCAGAAGAUUGUGAUCCCAGGGACCGGAAAUGAGCCUGUGGAUUUUACAUGGGCUCGAGACGCCGCUAAAGGGCUAUCAUCGUUGGUGAAGACACCACCGGGCUCAUGGGAGCCCUAUACCUUCAUGUCAGGCGAGCGUAGCUGCUGGAACGACGCAGCCAUGCUCAUUAAACAAAAACACCUCCCCAAUAUAACGAUAAAACAUAUUUCACUGCAUACGGUUGUAGAGAUGAUCAAGGCAUCAAAAGAUGAGGACACGAUGAUUCUGGCCGACUAUUACCUGCUUUCCAUCAGCCAGGCAUGUGCAAUCCCCCUGGAAAAGGCUCAAGCCCAGAAAGAGAAGUACUUUCCGAGUGUUCGUUUCCGAACCUUACGAGAAGGCCUAUCCCAGUUUGACGAGUGUCCGGAAUCAAUAUUGUAG